GACACCCAGAUUAACACUUGUGAGAUUCCAUCAGAGGUGUAAAUAUUACAGCAGAUGUUACUGUCACGGUUGGAGGGUCCUCCCUGGACGACCUUGCUUGAUUCUGUGUGUGUAUGUUUGUUUGUUUCUCUCUCUCUCCCCUGCCCACGAAGCCAUGUUUAUGGAAGUGCGCGCCGUGGGGAAGGCGGAACCUGACUGCCUUCGUCAACGGAGGUCAACGGAGGUCGCUCCUCGCUGUCGCCUACCCACCUGCGUCUGAUCACUUGACCAGCUGUUGUCAAUCAACCUUCUCUGCUGGUCGGAGGUAUUUAACCUGGGCUCACGGUGACAGUCGACGUGGGAUUAUUACUCCAAACUGGUAGAGUCUGCGUGAGAAGUGUGCAUUCUGAUAUUCGGCUAGUGAGCUCGCUAAUUGUGGACCUUUUGUGGAAUUACUUCUUUCUCCUGGAGAGUCGGGUGGAGAGGAGAGUUGGGGAGCACACGCACGCACGGAGUCUCAGCACGGAGCCCACGGGGAGCAAAGGACAAGCACUAGAACCACGCCUGGAUCCUCUUUUCACCUUCGUUUCCAUGACAGUUACUAUGUAAAAGUGACUUUUUUCUGUGUUCCAGCCUCAUUCAACUCCAUCUGUCUGAACAUGUUGAAAGAACUAAUGAUACUCUUCUUCUGUCACACUGCAUCUGCAGUUAUACACUCCUUGAUAUGUAAUUUCAUGAUAUCUUCUGGACUCCCAAAUGCCCCUGAAUAUUUGGUAAUUUUAAAUCUUGACAAUGUCCUGAUGGCUUACUAUGACACCAACAUGAAAACGGUGGAACCCAGACAACACUGGUUAAAGGAAAUGAAGAAGGAGGAUCUAGACACAUGGGAAAACUACAUGCAAAAUGCUCCACUUUAUCAGUACAGACUCGCAGAAGAUACUAAGAGUUUCUUUCAGCAGCAAACUGGAGGUUUUCAUGUUAUCCAGCAGAUUACAGGCUGUGAAUGGGAUGAUGAGACAGGAGGAAUUCACAGUUUCACUAUAUUUGGCUACAAUGGAGAAGACUUCAUUAUAUUUGACAAAGACACAAAAACAUGGAUUGCCUCAACCCCAGAGGCUGAAAUCGCCAAAGAAAAUUUUAAUGGAAAAAAAGCAAGAACUGAGGAAUUUAAGACAUAUCACAAAAAUGACUGCCCAAUUUUGUUGAAGAAAUCUUUCAACUAUGCAAAAAGCGUUCUGCAUAGAACAGUUCUUCCCUCAGUGUCUCUGCUCCAGAAAACUCCUUCCUCUCCAGUCAGCUGCCAUGCUACAGGUUUCUAUCCCAAUAGAGCCAUGAUGUUCUGGAGGAAAGAUAGAGAGGAGAUCCAUGAACGUGUGGUCCACAGAGAGAUGCUUCCUAACCAAGAUGGAACCUUCCAAAUACAAAUUGACUUAAACAUUUCAUCAGUCACACCUGAAGACUGGAGGAGGUAUGACUGUGUGUUUCAGCUCUCUGGUAUCAAGGAGGAUGUGGUUAUCGGACUGGAGACAUCACUGAUCAGAACCAACUGUGGAACAUGUAAAAAAAGUUAUGAAGAUGAGGAGACUGCUUCUCAACCUAAAAAGAGAGCUUGUUUGGGGACUGAGACAGCGAAAGAUGGCACAGUGUGGCGUGAAGAACAGGUGGGGACCUGUCUCCCUUUUACCCCAAUAGAGGCGUACACUGCUGAUGGAGAGCCAACAGCUAAGGCCAGGAAAAGUAUCUUGAGCCGCCUUCAGAGCUUCCUGUGUUUCAUCACUCUUGACAUGCUUCAUAGCAUUCAAGAAUGGACUAUUCAACAUGCACAGCAAACGGAGGAUGUUCAUUGGUUCAUGGACCUCCCUGAACUAAUGGCAUUUAUUUCAUUUGUCAUCUUGCGGGGGGUUGCUAGGGUUCCAUCACUACGUGACUGCUGGUCAGCAAACCUGGGAAACCCACAGAUCAUUGGAGCUAUGCCGCGUAACCGCUUCCAAGACAUCAUGCAACACCUACGCUUUGAUGACAGGUCCACCCGCAGUGAUCGAGCAAAGACUGAUAAGUUCGCUGCAAUUUCCAGUGUGUGGGGAUCAUUUGUCACCAACUGCAUCACGUGCUACAACCCUGGUCUACAUAUCACCGUUGAUGAACAGCUCUUCCCAUCAAAGACUCGGUGCUGUUUCCUGCAGUAUAUUGCAAGUAAACCUGACAAGUUUGGGAUCAAGUUUUGGGUGGCCUGCGACCUAAAAUCCAAGUACAUUUGCAAUGUCCUCCCAUAUCUUGGCAAGGACCCCAAUCGUCCCAAAUGGGAGAGACUGUCUGAAAAUGUAGUGAUGAGGCUGAUGGAACCAUUCCUAGACAAGGGCAGAAAUGUUACCACGGACAAUUUCUUCACAUCGCUUUCACUUGCGCAAAAACUUCUUAGACGGAAAACCACCGUCCUCGGCACAGUCAACAAGAUUCGCCGGGAAAUUCCUCAAUCCGCUAGAUACACAGAUCACAAUGAAUUCACCACUCAGGUGUUUUCAACCUCUGCUGCCACGCUGACGGCGUAUGCGGCCAAACGGAAGAAGACAGUCUAUAUUCUUAGCAGCAUGCACAGCGUGGUUCAGACUGAUAACACCACCAAAAGGAAGCCAAACACUGUCACCCUUUACAACACCACAAAGUGUGGCAUGGAUGUGAUGGACCAGAUGGUGCGGGAGUACACUGUCCACAGAGAAACACGGCGCUGGCCACCCAGAUAG